AUGGCAGCCAGCGAGGAGAAACAGCACCUGCUGAGCGAGGGCGCAGGCGGGUCCUACCUGGGGGCCACACAAAAGAACGGGCACAACUCGGUGCAGGGACAGGCGCCUGCCCUGGAGCUGGGGGCACGGCGCAGCCGGCACUGCCACACGCAGGGGGCCGCUGGCCACCCCCGCCAGCAGCAGCGGGCACGCAGAAAGCUCUACCUGGCCGCUGGCAUCUGCCUCGUCUUCAUGGUGGGGGAAGCCGUGGGCGGGUACCUGGCGCACAGCCUGGCCAUCCUGACGGACGCAGCCCACCUCCUGACGGACUUCGCCAGCAUCAUGAUCAGCCUCUUUGCGCUCUGGGUGUCCUCGCGCCCCCCCACCAAAACCAUGAACUUCGGCUGGCACCGGGCAGAGAUCCUGGGGGCCCUGCUCUCCGUGCUCUCCAUCUGGGUGGUGACGGGUGUCCUGGUCUACCUGGCGGCCCAGCGCCUGCUCUCGGCUGACUACGACAUCGAGGGUGGUGUCAUGCUCAUCACCUCCGCCUGCGCCGUGGCCGUCAACGUCGUGAUGGGGGUGGCCCUGCACCAGACAGGGCACGGGCACAGCCAUGGGGCAGCAGGCGAGCAGCCCAACACCAGUGUCCGCGCCGCAUUCAUCCACGUCCUGGGGGACCUGCUGCAGAGCGUCGGCGUCCUCAUUGCAUCCUACAUCAUCUUCUUUAAGCCCGAGUACAAGUACGUGGAUCCCAUCUGCACCUUCCUCUUCUCCGCACUGGUGCUGGGGACGACGCUGACCAUCCUCCGCGACGUCCUCCUCGUCCUCAUGGAGGGGACACCCAAAGGGAUGGACUUCAACGCCGUGCGGGAGACGCUGCUGGCGGUGGGGGGGGUGGAGGCCGUGCACAGCCUCCACAUCUGGGCGCUGACGGCGGCGCAGCCGCUGCUCUCGGUGCACAUCGCCAUCAAUGCGGGUGCCAGCGCGCAGGAGGUGCUGGAGGAGGCCAGCUCCCGGCUGCAGGGCACCUUCCGCUUCCACACCACCACCAUCCAGGUGGAGAGCUACUCCGAGGAGAUGCGGGACUGCCGGGAGUGCCAGCCCCCCCGCGACUGA